AUGCCGGCCCGUGUGGCUAAGGCGUCAUUGCAGGCCGUCCGCAGAGCAGCCACCGUCCCUGUCCCUGUCGCUGUCCGCGCACCGAUCUCCUCCUCGUCAGUCUUCGCCGCGGCCGACCACCCGCUCAACCAUCUCGACCACUUCUCUCGCAACCGCGCCUUCGCGCUCCUCGGCUUCCGCCAGUCGCGACCGUUCAGCGCAGCGUCUCCUAUUCGCGCCGCCGCAUCAGCAUCAGCAUCUGCCCCGAUGGCCGCCGAUGCCGCCUCGUCAGGAGUGACGGCCGACAGCCUCAGUCACAAGUUGAGGGAAACGCUGCACGCGACCCACGUGGAGAUCGAAGACAUGUCCGGCGGGUGCGGGCAGGCGUUCAACGCCAUCAUCGUGUCGCCCGACUUUAACAGCAAGACCCUGCUUGCGCGCCACCGCCUGGUCAACAAUGCGCUGCGCGCUGAGAUCGCCGCCAUCCAUGCCUGGACGCCGAAAUGUUUGACCCCCGACCAGUGGGAGAAGGAGAAGGACAAGAUGCAGUUGUGA